CACAACUGCCCCGCAUCACGACACAUUUCACGACAUCCCUCAUCGCAUGCUGCGAAACACUAACAGCUAAGAGCUCGCUCAAGCAAACGGAUCGCUUGGCUCAAGUGGAUAAGCGUCUUUGCGGGCCGUCAAUUGAGGGUCCAGUUAUUUUUCAGACUUAUUCCGUUGUGUACCCAAGUUCAAGGUAGAGGUUAUCAAGAUGCCUUCUUCAGCAGCGGCUCCUAUCUCCUUGACAACAGCGUCCAUCACACCGGCGCAACCGUCCGCCGCCUCCGUCAGCAGCGUGACUGCCACAGCAUUCUCGCCGUCUACAGACAAGGGCAAUAAUACUCGCAGCGCCUAUAGGCGUGCAAGCAUCUUCUCCUCCCUCCUCUCCAGGUCAACCACCAGGCCCACGCCCAAGCCUUCCAGUCCGCCAUCUGUCGCCUCCUCCUCUGUCUCGGUCUCAGUAUCCACCACCUCCCGUCCCCAUCCUCCCAGCACAAGCAUCACCUCAACUACAACAAGAACAACAACAGCAACAACCCUUCUCCCCACCACACCCUCCUCCUCGUCCAUCCCACCAUCCACCACGAUCGCUUCUUCCUCCUCCCCACUCCCACCCCGCCAACCUAUCUUAAGAUCCGAACCUCCAUCAGGAUCAGGUCCUAUUUUAGGAUCGGGGUCUCCUCUAUCUCUAUCAGGACGUACAUCAGGCCCAGACCCAGUGUCCGGAUCGGGACCCCUCUCAGGACCGUCGGGCCAGCGGGAGAUCGAGCAGGCCCGGUCGGCGGUGAUCGCGUCGAUCGGCAACCUGUUCGACCGGGAGCUGACGUCGCGGGCGCGGCUGCUGCACGCCAACAACGCGGCCAUCGAGAAGCAGGAGCGAGACGUGGCACGCGCGACCGAGGCGCUGCGCAAGGAAAACGACAAGCUCGGCAAGCUGGCCGAAACGCACGCCGGGAAGGUCAAGGAGAUUGGCAAUGUGCAGAACUGGGCCGAGAUGCUGGAGCGCGAGUUCUUGAUCCUCGAGGAGACGCUGAGGUUGGUGAAUGGCGGGGGUUCUGGAGGGGGGGAGGAGGGCAGUGGGAGUGAAUGGAGUGGGAGGGGGAGUUCAAGUCAAAGGAGGGAUGGAGAGGGAGAUGUGGCGAUGAGUGAUGCCGGUGGGCCUGAGACGGUGCCGUUGCCCGGGUCGCCGCCGGUUUAGAGAUGUGGAUGUGAAUUGCUUGGGACUGGGGCUAGAGAGUUGUGAGGCAAAGAGUUGGAUAUGGAUCGGCGCUUACGACGAUAUGAUCGGAUGACUUGACGAAACAGAUGACUUAACGAAAGCAAGCUUAUUAUUUGAUCAAGUUA